UCGCACAGAAAAUUCAUUCCCCAAUCUAUAAUGGACUUGGAAGCCGGAGAUAGAGCACCGCCAGCAGAGGCGGCGUCGGCGCCGGCGCCGGGAACAGAAAAUUCUCCGGUGAAGCGGCUGAACGCGUUCGUCGCGAAAAGCAGAGUCGGCAAGCGGUUCAAGCUGAACGAGCGGAACUCCACCUUCACGACGGAGCUCCGCGCCGGCACCGCCACGUUUCUUACCAUGGCCUACAUCCUCGCCGUGAACGCCUCCAUAUUGUCCGAUUCCGGCGGCACGUGCUCAGUCUCCGAUUGCGUUCCUCUCUGUUCCGAUCCAACAAUUUCUCCCUCCAACUGCACCGGAAGCCCUAAUUUCCGCCUAGUCCCGCCCGACGAGUCGUGCAAGUUCAACCCGGUAAAUCCGGGCUACGCCGCGUGCCUGGAAAAGACGCGGAAAGAUCUGAUCGUCGCCACCGCCGCCUCGUCGCUGAUAGGGUGCUUGAUCAUGGGCGUUUUCGCGAAUUUGCCCCUCGCAUUAGCGCCCGGAAUGGGGACCAACGCCUACUUCGCCUACACCGUCGUCGGAUUCCAUGGCUCCGGCAACGUCUCGUAUCAAAGCGCGUUGGCCGCCGUUUUCAUCGAAGGUCUCAUAUUCCUUGCUAUCUCCGCCGUCGGUUUGCGCGCCAAGCUUGCCAAACUCGUCCCUAAACCCGUCCGAAUCGCUUCCUCCGCCGGUAUUGGACUUUUCUUGGCCUUCAUCGGCUUGCAGAACAACCAGGGAAUCGGCUUAGUAGGUUUUAGCUCUUCUACACUGGUGACGCUCGGAGCUUGUCCGCGCUCAGCACGUGCGGCUCUGGCGCAGGUGGUGACGUCAGCGAACGGUACUGUUUCUCUUCUUCCCGGCGGGACUGUCUCCGGCGACAUACUCUGUUUGCAUGGCCGCAUGGAGAGCCCGACGUUCUGGCUGGCGAUAGUUGGAUUCGUGAUUAUAGCUUAUUGUUUGGCUAAGAACAUAAAGGGGGCCAUGAUUUACGGCAUCAUUUUCGUGACGGCGGUUUCCUGGUUCAGAAACACCAGAGUUACCGCUUUUCCGGACACUCCGGCCGGGGACUCUGCGUUUAAGUAUUUUAAGAAAGUUGUUGAUGUUCAUAAAAUCGAGAGCACGGCGGGGGCUCUGAGCUUCAAGGACAUCGGAAAAGGGCAUUUCUGGGAAGCGUUAGUGACGUUUCUCUACGUGGACAUAUUGGACACGACCGGGACUUUAUAUUCCAUGGCGCGUUUCGCCGGAUUCACCGACGGGAACGGUAACUUCGAGGGGCAAUACUUUGCGUUCAUGUCCGACGCGUCGGCGAUAGUGGUGGGAUCGUUACUGGGGACGUCGCCGGUGACAGCGUUUAUCGAGUCGUCGACUGGGAUACGGGAAGGGGGGCGGACGGGGCUGACGGCGUUAACGGCGGGGUGUUAUUUCUUCCUAGCGUUCUUCUUCACGCCGUUAUUAGCGUCGAUUCCGGCGUGGGCGGUGGGGCCGCCGUUGAUUCUGGUGGGCGUGUUGAUGAUGAAGGCGGUGGUGGAGGUUGAUUGGGAUGAUAUGCGGCAGGCGAUACCGGCGUUUGUAACGUUGAUUUUAAUGCCGUUGACUUAUUCUAUAGCGUAUGGAUUGAUAGGCGGCAUUGGGACUUACAUUGUGUUGCACUUGUGGGAUUGGAGUGUGGGGUUGUUGAGGAAUUUUGGGAUAGUUCAGGGGGCUAAUAGCAAACAAACAAAUUCUUCUUGAGUUGGUUAUAUAGGUUUUUCUUUAUUCCAUUAGAAUAGUUUUUGCUUUAUGCAUUUUGUCAUUGGCAGUCCAAAUAGUAAUCUUGUGUUAUAACACACCUAUAAACCUUUGACAUUGACAAUUGAUAUAUAUAUUCAUUAUUGCCUAUAA